AUGGAGCUUGAGACCUCUCACCAUCCUUUUCCUCCUCGAGAUGGCAAGCCUUUCUCGCCUUCUCCCUUCGCGGCCUCCCGCCCUUCUUCCUCUUGUUCCUCGUCCCUCUCUUCUUCCUCUCCUGCCUCUGACGCAGUGUCUCUCUCUCAGCUCCACAGACUCCUUGAAAGCGUCCGCGCCUCCAAGGUUGCAGCGCAGGAGCGCGCAGGCCGGACGCUUCGGCAGGGUGGGAAGCGCCUGGCGGAAUUGCACGCGGUUUUCCUGCACGAAAAAGGGGAACUGUGUCGCCUGCGACGUCUCCACGCGACUUUGUCCCAGCAAAUCCUCGGCGACACUGCUUCCCGAAAUGAAGAAUCGCGCGAGGACGGGCACGGGGGAGAUGAGAAAGACGAGAAAGAACAACGCGAUGGGGACCGCAACAAAGCCAAGACGGGCGAAAGCAGUGCAGAGGCGUCUGCUUCAUCUCACGAGGCAGGCCGAGAAGCGAAGGCGAAGACGAGACCAAAGAGUUUCAGGGAGCGAGUGAAUUUCCGGCUGCAGGCGGAGGCGGAUUUGCAGGAAAGAGUCGAAGCCCUGUGCGAGGCCAGGGAAAGCGUGAAGAGCCUCCUCCGUCGGCAGAGGCUGCUCGACGAGUGCCGAGCUCUUCUCUGCGAAGCCACGCGCCAGGCCAACCGGGAAACCAUGCCAUACCAAUGCCCCGAUGCCCCCAAAACGCCCGACUGUCUAGACACCGGACGGCGUGUCCAGGUCCGGUCUCGGCGGAGAAGCGGCAAGUUGUUUCGUGAAGCCGCGCAGAGACUCCGAGAGUUUGGCAAGCUCUGGAACGAAAAACAGAUGGGGGAGGCGCCUCCUCUGGACGCGCACUUUCCGCGGAGCCUGCGUCGAACUCGGGCAGAAGAGGAUACAGCGGCGCUCGGCGCAGAGGCGGAAGAGCCAAACCCGCUCAGCUCGGACGACGCGCAUGCGCAGUUGCAGGAGGGACAACUGCGCCUUUUCGCGCAACUCCGCGAGGCUCUAGUCGCAGCCCUGGACGCACGUUUCGCGCACUACGUCCGCAUCGAGAGGCAGAGACUUCAACUUUUCCAAGAGAGCGCCCGACGCAAAUCAGGUGCCCAGGCUGCGUGCUCCCACGCAAGAAGUCUCGCGGUUCGAGCGCCUCACGAGGACGCGCAGCAGGCGUGGGAGGCAGCGGCCGAGUUUCGCGGGGCCAGCGAGCGUGCGCCGCUAUCAUCGCGAGACGGUGAGAAGACAGAGACAGAGAGGGAACCCUACGGAGGAGACAAUCUCGAGAGUGGGGAGGAGACAGGUGAAGAGACAGGCCGAGCGGAAGACGAGACAGAGACGCUGGACGAACUCUGGAGCGCCUUCGAGAGUUUGGGGCUUCUCGAACGCCGGGUGGCCUUCUUUAGUCGACAGAUUCAACAGGAGCUACUGCGCCCUCUGCUGGAAGUGACCGCAGGCGAUCUGAGAGACACGGGCGACAAUCCUCACGCUCCUUCACCGACGCUGCGACUCGCCGUUGACCUAGAAACGGACGCGGCUCCCACAGAAGGUGCCUCGUCCUACUCGUCUUCCUCUUCGUCUUUCUCUUCCGUCUCUUCCGCCACCUUCGCCACGGGCGAACCCGCAGCGGAGACAGCCGACGCUUGCGAAAAACGAACCACGACUCGCGGUUCGCUUCUCACCUGGAGGUGGAUCAGCGUCUCUCCGUCUCCUUCCUCGUCUCCCUCUCCUUCCUCGUCCGCCUCUUCUUCCUCGCCCGCCUCUCCGUCCUCGCCCGCCUCUUCUUCCGCGACUUUUACAUCGUUUUCCUCUUCUUUUUCCGUCUCUUCUGGUGUUGUGUCUGGAUCGAGAGGCCUGGACCGAUUUCGAUUUUUCUGUGAGGCCACGGAGAGCCUUCUGGCCCUGGUGAAGUCUCGCGUGCUCGUGCGUCGCCGCUCGCUGCUUUCCCUUUUCAUCCGCGUGGCGUUUUCUCGCUCGUUCCUCGAUUCGCUCCUUUCGCGUGUUUUGCCCGCCGUGCCACACACCGCGCACCAUCUCCAUCUUGACUCCAAACGGCAACCAGCAGAGCGUCCAUACACCACACGCAAACUCACACGCCAGCCCUCGUCGCUCCUCGCUUCUUCCUCUUCCUCCUCUUCGUCUUCUUGUUCUUCCCCUCCGGGUUCCCCAUUUCGUCUUUCUUGUAAUCCCUCCACUGACGAUCUCGUUGACGCCUAUGUGUCGCGCGCGCUCCUCUGCGUCGAGGAAGGCGAUGGUGAGAUAGCGAGGCAGAAGGCGAGCAGAGACAAAACGCGUGCGCCUCCUCUUAGCUCCUCGGCUGCUCUCCCCAGCGCCGAGGCGGCGUCCCUCGCUUCUUCCCUCUCGCCGCUGCGCACGAGGCAAGACACACAACACUCUUCUUUUUUUUCUCGCCAACCAGGCGAGAGAGACGGCGACCUUCGCACCGUGUCUGUCGAAGACGCUUGCCUCGCUGCGUCUCUCCUCUUCCGUCUCGAGCAUCUAUUCUCGCGUAUGCUUCGCCAUCACCUCCCGUCCGCGUCGUCCUCUUCUUCCUCGGAGUCUCUCUCUUUUGCGUCUUCCCUGAGAGAGACGAGGGCGGAGAAGGCGAGCGAGAGAGUGGCGACGAGCAGUGGGAACGCACCUGCGUGUCCAUUGUCUUCUCGUUCGUCUUCGUCUUUCCCGUUUUCUUUUUCCAGCGACGCCGCCUCUCGCUCGGCCUCUUCGACUUCCACGGCGCCCUGGGCGGUGACGCACUUUCGCGCGGCGAUCGCGAGUCGUCUCGAGAGUCUCCUUUUGUCUCUGCGUGGUGCCUCGCUGUUGCGCGCGCGGACUGCGUUGGUGCUCUUCGCUGCCACGGACGCAGCGUCCGCGCACCAGAUUCUUCUUGAACUGGGGGAAAAAGACAGACCUCUCCCCUGGUUGGUUCCCGUCUCGGAUGCGUCCGAAAUAUGGGGACUCCCAUCGCUUUUGCCUUGUCUCCACACCCACUUUUCUUCGCCACUGUCUCCUACUUCGCAUUCCGCGUCGUCGCAUUCUUCUUCGUCGUCCGGGGUGUUUGGCGAGUCCAGAUGCCUCUCCGACAGAGAGCGCUUGCGCGUCUACGAGGACCAGAUUUUCAGUCGCGCGAUCGCGGCGAACCUCUCCGGGGGACACCUCCGUCUCGCGCCUUUCCGAGUCACGGCGGGAACUCACUCCCUCGUUGCCCGCCUGCUUGGAGCCCUUGCGGCGGCCACGCAGAGCAUCCGCACUGCAUGCGCACUGCAUGCAGAGUGCACGCGGGCCGCAGGCGAUGCUGCAGAACCGCGAGACACCGACAAGCGUCGGGCCAGCUCUGGAGCGUCCACGAUCCCCGGAGACCGAGCCGCGCCCUUGCCGUUUCCCGGCAAAGACGAAAGGAGCGAAAACCUUGCCAACAUACGCAGAGACAAGGGUGGAGGUACUUGGCUUCAGAACUCUCGGGCGAGGCGGCGAUGCGAGACCCUCGUGUGGGAGGAAAUGCGACUGAGAGAGGCUGCGCGUCAGCGGCUGGUCGAGCUUCGAGAUCUGUGUUUGUUGUUUCUGACAGUUCGCUGUGGAGGCGCGGCACGGGUGACGGCGAGUUGCGAUCCAACUGCAUGCGCGGAGCUGUAUGUGGACUGUGAGUAUGUUUACCAGCAUCUUCUCCGUCUCCCUCUCUCCUUCGGGGUACUCGCGGCUUCCUCGUUGCCGUCGCCGUGCUCCGGGUCACGUGGAGACAGAGACGGAGAGGCAGAGGAAGCGCUUUGCGAGCGGGACAGCGGCAAACCAACGGACCGAUCCAGCGCUCGAGGGACAGAGCGAGACCGCGAAGAGGCCUGUUGUGGAUUGGGGUCUGCUCUGCCUCUUGCAGCUCUCAAAGAGCUGUUCGCUUUCAACCUUUCUUUUCCGUUGUCUUUCCUGUCUCCAAAUGCCUCGUCGCUUCGCUCCAAUCUCGGCGGAGUCGCUCCUUCGCUUCCGUCUCCUCGCCCUUCUUCGUGGUUUCCGCGGUCGGAAUCGACGCCGUGGGGCGACAGCGAGGAGGACCGUUCGGCGACGAGUCAGGACAACAUGUCUCUCUUUUUAAUUGAAACAAUGGGAAGCCUCAAGCAAGUCCAGGAGACCGUUUACGUCGAGAUGCUCAAGGCGGAGCAGACGCGUUACAGAGAGUGCGCGGCGCGUCUCCUCUCGUCCCUCGUUGGGGGGUUGCCGGCGCCAGGGCGUUUCGCCGCCGCCGAAGAAGAAAGGUUCGAGGAAAGUGGAAAACAUCGAGAACUCGCGCGGCAGGACGAGCUCGGCGACGUCGUUGUGGAAAACGUCUCCUGGAGAGAAGAAACAGACGAUUCCGAAGAAGACCAGGGAGGCAGCGACGCAGACGCAUUCUUUCGUCGCAGCUGGAAGACCUAUCUGGAAACAGCAGAUGCAAAUCGAUUGGAAAACGUGCGCGACGGUGCGCCAGGCAGAGGACCAUUUUCAAACCUCACAGAGGAGACCCUAGGGGAUUGUGAAGUGAAUCUAGUCCAAGCCGAAUCAAUCGUCACAGAGGCAACACAACGUCUCAAGCAAACUGCGAAACGCUGGCUGCACAUCCUUCCUCUUCAGGUGUAUGUUGAGUCUGUCGCGCUCUUGGCCGACGCCUGUCUGAAGGAGUUUUUUCUCAUUUUUCAUCGUCUUCUUCCUCGCUCGUCUCUCGCUCCUUCGCCCGGACCCCCGUCGCGCUCGUCCUCGGCCCCGCAGGAACGGACUCGAGCCGUAGCGGCUCUCAUCUCCUUCAUCCUUUCUGAAAUAAAGACAAUCUUCCUGCUUCAUCUAGACAGUCCAGAGGCCUCGUCGCCUCUGCCGCCUUGUCCGUCUUCUGACGCGUCGCUGAUGAGGCAGAUCGAGGCGGGGGUGGGAGUUUUGACGGAGCCCGCGCGAGACGUGCCGAUCCGCGUGGAGUUUCUGCUGGAGUAUGUCGAGAUUUUGGAGGCGACGAAGGCCGUUUUGGAAGCCGAGGAGGACGGCCUUCUGCAGCAAGUCUGGGACCACUACGGCGCGCUUUUGAAGCAGAGACUCGGCCUCGAAGGCGUUGACAAAAUCCUCGCUUCAGGCCUCUGUCUCCUCGCCCUCAGCGACACAGACACCGCCAGCGAGGCGUUGCGACAGCACGCAAACGACUUCGGCAGAAUGCUGCUGCACAGCGUCUAG